AUGACUACCGGAACUGGAAAGCGCAUCUAUCGCGCAUGUGAACGCUGUCGGGGAAGGAAGACGAGAUGUGAUCUCAAUAGCGUGGGCGAGGUAGGCAAGCCACCGUGUCUCGAAUGCUAUCGUGUCGGCUAUGAUUGUACGCUUGCUGCCUCGCGGCGAGGGGGCGACUACAGCCUACACAGAACUCGUCGGACACGCACAGAUCGACUGAAGAGCGCCUCCUACAACAUUGUCGGCAGUCCUGCCCAGCAAGACGAAGAGACAACUGCAGCCCCGUCUGGCGCUAGGGAAACUGCCAGGCCCACCGCUUCUAGUAAUCUAGAAGAAGAGCCGAUCUAUGCGGAAUUGAGAAACCCGUCGGACGCACUCCAGAUCCUCGCCCAAGCAAGAUCUCACAGCUGUGAGGAGAAUGAUGAAUACGAACAGCAAUGUCCUAACCUUUCUUCACCUCUCGAUGGUCUGAGGAGCAACGGCGCACACUCUCCCAAUGCCAAUGUGCAAGAGAUUCGUCCAACUGUUGAACACCAAAUGCAAAGGCAACCAAGGGCCGGAACCAGCAUAGAGGUUUACAGACUUGUGGAAAGAGGAGUUUUGGGCCCUGGGGAUAUCAAAGAGCUUAUCAACCUGUACGCUGAGAGUUACCAUCCCUUUCUCCCGAUCGCGCCCAAAUAUAUGCUACAGCCGCUGAACAUCAAUGACGUGGCCACGAACGAGCCAUUUCUCCUCACCGUCAUCCUGACCAUUGCGUCUAGAUUCGAUCCUGCGUGGGAGACAGUCCAUCAGCACUGUUGGACUUACACGAAGGAGUUGCUUCUUGAUAUUCUGCUCGCGUUACCGCAGACUCAUCAUGUCAGUUCGGUCGAGGGUCUGUUACUGCUCGCGGACUGGCUGCCCGAUAUUCAGCUAGGCUAUCCUUCCAGCCAUCACUCGACAGGAGGGAUCUUCACGGAAGACGGCACCGCCUGGUCUCUGGUGGGCCAAGCAGUAAGACACGCCUAUCUGCUCCGCCUAGACAGGACGUCGUUUCGUGAAGACUUUGUUGGUCAAACAAAGGAGCAAAUCGAUCGCAAGCGUCUUGCUUGGAUCUAUGUCUACCUGGCAGACCGUCAAAUAUCCGUGCGAAUGGGCCAAUCGUUUUGGUCUAGAGGCCCUUCGCUGUCCACGAGAUUUACCGCAAACGACUUCCCGAGUCUCCUGCCUUCUUCCAACGACGAAGACUAUGCCUCUAUGCUUCAAGCCACUAUCGAACUCACACAGCUCCUGCACAACUCGCACGAUAUCCUGUACUCUUCACGAGCACGAACUCUCGGAAUGACCCUAACAGGCGACUACAGCCGCUAUCUCGAUGACCUGCUCAAGGCUCUGCUGAUGUGGCAUUCCACGUGGAACGAAUCUCGUUUGAGCUCCAGGCUCCGUUGCACGCUGUCCCUCAUGUAUGAGUACUUGUGUCUCUACGUCAAUGCAUUCUCCUUCCAGGCCAUCGUUACGAGAGCGUCUACUUUGGGUAGAGGCUCUACUGCAGAGCUACCACGCACGAAAAGUCGAAGACGCAACCUCUUUCCUCGCGGAGUCAUGGCUUCACCGGACGGUCGCUACGUGUUUGAGGCUAUCAGGGCCGCGAAGAUGAUGUUGAAAAUCGUCGGUGAAUGCGAACCUGCCAGCUGCCUGAGAUAUCUGCCUACACGAUACUACUUGUAUGGCAUCUACUCUGGUGUCUUCCUUUACAAGGCGGAAAUCUUUGGCGCACUGACGUCCAGCAACGAACAGCUUGAGGUGAAGGCCUUGGUGAGGAGGUUCAUCCUAGCAUUACGGACGGCAGCUUUAAGUGAACGCCAUAUCGCAUGGCGGUACAGUGAGUCGAUCAGGGGGCUAUGGUUUCCCACUGCAUCCAAGGUCAGGGCAGCCAAUGCGAUGAGCAGUAACAAGCUAGCACAAGAAUACGACCAGGUCUCUCAGCGUGAAUCCCCGUCACCACGAAAUGCCACCUCAGAGGUCGCUAUGGAACGUCCAGAGCCUGAGGAGCUUUGCCACUACCACAGUGACAAGGAUUUCCGGGCCCCAACAGACCAUGGCUCAUCUCGAGAGCAGCAAUCGAACACUCGCUCCUACCCUGAUGACCUUUCCCGUGAGGCACCUCAGCCGGAUCUUGACUCGAUCCCUGUCCUCGACCCAUCAAGGAUGCUUUUGCAGGACAGUUUCUUCUCUCCGGUGUCCGCUCUUGGCUUUGCCGAUCAUAGCGACGCGUUUCUAGAGUCUGUCUUUGGGCCCAACGAGAUGAAUAUUAUUCCCCCUUUCACCGAUAAUUUGCCAAUAUGGUGA